ACUGGCUGAACUUCACGGCGACUCACACUCCAUGAACGGUCAACACACCCAACAACGAGCCUCGGCUUCAUCGCGCCCUGCAUGUCGGCCAGCAAUGCCCCUCAGCCAGUGAAACUCUCGCUGCCCUUGGAAUAUCAGCAGAACCUCUUCCAGGAGCUCCGUGCUGAAGAUGAGCUGGUCGUCCUGGCCCGUGGGCUGGGCCUCAUGCGCCUGGUGACAAACCUUCUUCACUCCUACGACGCCGCCGGCAACAACCUCAUAGUGGUUGUGGGUGCCGAUGAGCGUGAAAAUGGCUGGAUCGGCGAGGCUCUGGCGGAACACGCCGCCAUCAGCGCGUCACCUCGUGCCCGGGGCUUGACCGUGGUCAACACCGAUUUCCAGAGCGUCGGUGCGCGCGAGAAGAUGUAUUCCGGCGGAGGCAUAUUCAGCAUCACCUCGCGCAUACUCGUCGUCGACCUCCUCACCGGUCUUCUUAAUCCGGAAACCAUCACCGGCCUUAUUGUCCUCCACGCGGACCGCGUCAUCGCAACAUCUCUGGAAGCCUUCAUUCUGCGUGUGUACCGGCAGAAGAACAAAGUCGGCUUCCUCAAGGCGUUUGCGGAUAAUCCGGACCCGUUUACGAUUGGCUUCUCGCCGCUCACCACAAUGAUGAGGAACUUAUUCUUGAAGAAGGCCUCGCUUUGGCCUCGGUUCCAUGUUACCGUCGCGCAGUCUUUAGAAGGCAAGAAGAAGGCGGAGGUGAUUGAACUGGAAGUCCCCAUGACAGACUCCAUGAAAGACAUCCAAAACGCAAUCAUGGAAUGUGUCGAGGUCAGCAUUCACGAGCUGAAAAAGGGCAACAGCGGUUUGGAGAUGGAAGACUGGAAUUUGGAUAGCGCUCUGCUCAAGAACUUUGACACCAUGGUCCGUCGCCAGCUGGACCCUAAUUGGCACCGGGUCAGCUGGAAGACACGCCAGAUUGUCAAUGAUCUGACGGUCCUUCGUGGGCUUCUGAACAAUAUAUUGACAUACGACGCCGUGUCAUUUCUUCAACAUCUCGACACCAUUCACGCUGCUCAUUCUCCGCCACCGGGUUCCACGCGUCAAACCCAGUCGCCGUGGCUGUUUCUUGAUGCGGCUCAGACUAUAUUUGAUACAGCACGGAGGCGCGUGUAUUCCGCGAAUCCCAAGGCCGUAUCGCAAGGCCAAAGCAUCGACUCUCUUCGCCCGGUCCUCGAGGAGCUGCCAAAAUGGGGUAUGUUGGCCGAGGUUCUGGAAGAAAUCGAUCGGGAUCUCUACUUCGAGCCUCCAGCCAAGGACGACUCGAACGGGACCAUUUUAAUCAUGUGCUCCAACUUGGACACCUGCAGGCAGCUGCGCGACUACUUGCAGACAAUGCACGUCAAACCCAAGGUAGAGAAGCCGGAGGAGGACGAUGUCGACGGCGAAGAAGCCCACAAGGCCUCUGGAGCGUUUAUGAUGAGGAGACGGUUACGAAACUACUUGCUCUGGAAGAAGCAAUUUGCUCAAGUCAGCGCAACUCUUUUCGCCGAGAACCAAAAGGCGCUCAACAGCGCGUCAGACUCGCGGCCAGGGCGUGGCGGUAUGCGCGGCGGUAAGCCUCCUUCCAACAAACGGCGGCGAGUGCGAGGUGGCGGUAACAUGGGCAUAUCCGCUGGUCGAGCGGACAACGGCGUUAUUGCUCAAUAUUUCGAAAAGCCCGGUGAAGUCGCGGACCUCAUGGCCGAGGUCCAGAUAACAGAGGAAGAGGCUCAACAAAAGGAGGAUAUUGUUGCAGAUCCCCUCGAGGAUAUGGAUGACUAUUUUCAACUCUACGACAUGCAAGACCUUGUGGUUGUGCACGCCUACGACGGCGACCAGGAUGAGCACGUUCUCGAAGAGGUCAAACCGCGAUAUCUCGUCAUGUACGAGCCAGACGCCUCGUUUAUCCGCCGCGUGGAAGUCUACAGGUCGUCGCACAACGACCGAAACGUACGGGUGUACUUUAUGUACUACGGUGGUUCGGUGGAGGAGCAACGAUAUCUGGCCUCGGUGCGGAGAGAGAAGGAUGCCUUCACCAAGCUCAUCAAAGAACGCGCCAGCAUGUCACUGGUCAUGACAGUAGACCCGCACGGCAUCGAGGACCCCCAGGAAGCUUUCUUGCGCACCGUCAAUACAAGGAUCGCAGGCGGCGGCAGGCUAGCCGCGACGGCGCAACCGCCACGUGUAGUGGUUGACGUGCGAGAGUUUCGGUCCUCACUGCCAUCACUUCUGCAUGGACGGUCCAUCAUCAUCGUGCCAUGCAUGCUCACAGUCGGCGACUACAUCCUAUCACCACAUAUCUGCGUUGAACGCAAGUCAAUCAGCGACCUGAUAUCGUCUUUCAAGGAUGGCCGCCUGUAUAACCAAGCCGAGACCAUGUUCAUGCACUACAGAAACCCAAUGCUCCUGAUUGAGUUCGACCAGAACAAGUCGUUCACGCUGGAGCCUUUCGCCGACCUCUCGGGCAGUCUCAGCAGCGUGGCGCCCUCCAACGUCUCGUCCGACCUCCAGUCCAAGCUGGUGCUGUUGACGCUGGCGUUUCCGAAGCUCCGCAUCAUCUGGUCCUCGUCCCCGUACCAGACGGCCGAGAUUUUCGAGUCGCUCAAGGCGCAGGAAGAGGAGCCCGACCCCAUCGCUGCGGUACAGGCCGGCCUCGACAAGGAUAUGAAGGUGGAGGACCAGGCGUUCAACCAGGAGCCGCAGGAGAUGCUCGCAGUCGUCCCCGGCGUGACUCCGCAGAACAUCAAGAACAUCGUGCUGGAGACGGAGAAUAUUCGGGAAGUGGCCAACAUGACGCAAGGGGAGCUGGAGCCGCUGGUGGGCAAAGCUGCCGGCAGAUCCAUAUACGGCUUCUUCAAUCGCAAUGUCAUGGAAGAGGAAGAAUAGCGCGGUACGUGGAGCGGUUGAUGCCCACACUCAAAGAAUCUACAUCACGAGAACAAAAAGGGCCACGAGUAGGUAGCCUGGCCGUUUACAAAACCAACAUUUGGGUAUUAAUGAACAUUGUAUCGUUCCAAAAGCGCAAGGGG